CUUUGGGUGAAAUUCCCGAGGUGGCGUUGUCAGGCAAUAUGAUUUAACUUUGUAUUGGUACAGCCCAUUACUCGACGCUGCGACACAUACAUAAGAAUGUCCACAGCAUUUCAGUGUCAACAAAGGAAGGAGAGCACAUAAUUGUAGUUUUUAAGUGAUUGACAGGUAGAUAUUUUAAAUAUUUUGUAAACCUGUCUUAAAAUCUAAUACUGGACCUCGGUUGGGCUGGUUGUUGUUGGACAUUGUCGCUAUAAGAGAAGUUGAGUGCCCAGUUUAGCGCCGCCAGGCCCAGUGGUUUUAUUUUGAAAGUCCAAACCGGAAACAGUCUUGACCUUCAGGAACUGUUCAGCUUCCCUCAGACCAGCAGGAAAUCAUGGCAGAUCUUGGUAUCAGAGCAGGAGACAAGGUGCUGCUGGUGUGGGCUCAGCCAUCAGCGCCGGAGGCAUUGAAGCAGCUCGCUGAAGACCUGGGGGCUGUUGUUGGUGCAGAUGGAAAAGUGUCUGUGGAGAACAUGGAGAGACUGUUGCUGUCCUCCCACUCAGCUUCUACCUUCGACUGGGUGCUCUCCAGCCUUCUGGCUGACAACUCCUCCAUCCACAACUCAGAGAGCCUUGCAGAGAUGGUCAAAAUUCUCAAACCUGGUGGGAAGUUGAUCCUGGAUGAGCCAGUUACAGGCAAAGAAGCACAGACUGUAAGGACGGCUGAGAAGCUUGUGUCAUCACUGAAGUUGUCUGGUUUCAUGUCGGUGACGGAGGUCAGUAAAACCCAGCUUAGUCCUGAGGCAUUGAAGUCCCUCAGCACGGCCACAGGUUACCAAGGAAACACCCUGUCUCGAGUCCGCAUAUCUGCAUCCAAACCUAAUUAUGAGAUGGGCUCGUCCAGCCAGAUCAAACUGUCAUUUGGGAAAAAGACGCCAACGCCAGCGGAGAAACCUGCACUGGAUCCCAACACUGCGAAAAUGUGGACGCUGUCAGCCAUUGACAUGGAUGAUGACGAUGUGGACCUGAUUGACUCAGACGCUCUGUUGGACGAAGAUGAUUUGAAGAAACCAGAUCCAGCUUCUCUGAAAGCUCCCACCUGUGGAGAAGGUGCCAAGAAGAAGAAAGCUUGCAAGAACUGCACGUGUGGGCUCGCUGAAGAGUUGGAACAGGACAGUAAAGGAAAACAGAAAAGUAACCUACCAAAGUCUGCCUGUGGAAGUUGUUACCUUGGCGAUGCCUUCCGGUGUGCCAGCUGCCCGUACAUGGGGAUGCCAGCCUUCAAACCAGGAGAGAAGAUCGUCCUGGACAACGCCACGCUGACGGACGCUUGAAAAUACACCGUUCAAACUUCAAGACGUUACAUUCCUUUCGUUUCCAUCCACUCUGAAGGCAUUAUUGAGAUUAUUCACUGGACAUAAUUGUUGCCGGUGAGAUGUGUUUUCUUGUGACGCUCACGUAUCAACAGCAGCAAUAGAAAAUCAGCAAAAAGGAGGGAGAUUUGCACUGAACAUGUAGCCAUUGUACUCCUGCUAAACUUGGGAGUGGGAGACUUUCAGUCAACAAAAACUACUCGGUCCUGAAAAUUGUCAUAUUUCUGAUGAAAACAAAAUAAACAAAUGAGUGACAAUAGCUAGUCUGACGAUGUAACUAUGUAUUAAAAAAGAAAGUGUUCCCAUUGUAAUGUGAACGAAACGUGAUCUGCGAGGUUUCCACUAAAGAAUGAAGAUGCUUUUGUUUUCUGCAACUUGUUAAACCUGUUUAUGGACACAACUUGCAGAUGCAGAAAGCCAUUCAAGCCAAAUUUAAACAGUCCAAUCAGGUUAUUAAUGAAUAUGAAGAAAAAAGUAAUUUCACCUCGUUUAAUUGAAUUUCAAUAAACUGAUCCGCUUUGUUUCAA